AUGUUCUUCUUCUACCUCUACAACAAGGGUGUGCUCUUUCCUACGUAUCCCCUACCCGUCCUGGUGGCUAAGACCUGGCUAUUAGACAGGCAGCUUGUUCAGGUUUCUCUGUGUCUCAAGCGGGAGGAGAAAAAGGGAAUGCCAGAGCAUGCAGCAUGGUGGAUGAAGAAAGGCCUCUUUAUACCUGAGACCAAUUGUGACGGCGCAUGA